AUGAAUUGGUAUCGUCAAUGGGAUGGUACUGUCGAUUCAUUAAAUCAAGAAUCAAAAGGUGGUCGAGCUCGUAUAAUGACACAACAUGAAGUUAAAGUUUACAUUUUAGAAUUUGUCAAAUCAAUGAAUAAUAAACGUGUAUAUGUUGAUUAUAAGAAGGUUCAUGCACAUAUGAAAUUUGUAUUAAAACGAGAGGUAUCAAUACGUACUCUCCGACGAUAUGGUAAAGAAAGUGCUGAUGAGAUUUUUUGGUACAAUAUUGGUCAAUUUCGAAGAUCAUUACAACGAAUUGCUAAUGAUCGAUUAAUAUUUAUUGAUGAAACAGCUGUUUAUUCUAUUAUGAUCCCUCGUAAAACUCUUGUUGCUCCUGGUCAACAAUCAUUAAUUCUAGUUACACAGCCUUCAGCAUAUGCCAAACGAUAUGAUUUUAUUGGUGCUAUUUAUGGAUCUCAAUCAAUUGCUUGUAUGAUACUGACUCCUGAAGAUCGUAAUUAUCGGAAAAUUAAAGGUGUCAGACAAGCGAAAGAUCGAAGUUCCACUAUGACAAUAAAAAGAUUGUUAAUAAGCAUUUUUAUUUGGUUGUUACUAAUACUCACGACUAAAAUGCAACCAAAUGAAAUGGUUCCUUGUCUGUCAUCAUCAUCAUCCUGUGGUAAUGGUACUAGUACCAAGCCAUCAUGUUCUUCAAAUUUAAACUGCGAUUGUUUUCCUCUUGCGGUCUAUAGUAAUAGUUCUACAAAAGCAAUCUGUGCCUAUAUUCUUCCGUGUGAUGCUGUUGUUCCAUGUAAUUCAUCAAAUAAGUUUGCUUGUUCAACUGUACCAAAUACCGUGUGUGUUAAUGGUACGCGGUGUCAACAACCAGUGUGUUAUCCAUUAGCAUUGACCAAUGCAAAAAUAUGUCCGCCAGCCGUAUCAACAAAAACUUCAACUACUACCAUAGCAACAAUAAUUAGAUCUACUACAUUACUACCAACAACAAAAAUAACAACGAAGAUAACAACAUACCGGAGUACAACAACUCCAAGCACUACUUUCAAGCUGUCAACAACAACAUCAAUUUCAAAGCAAAAUAUACUUUGUUCAUCAGCUAUGUGGAGUCCAAAUGGAAUUACAGUUGCUGGUAUCGGCAAUGGUAAUUUGGGUUUUGCCAUGAAUCAGUUAAACUAUCCACGAGACAUAGCUAUUGAUAGUCAUCAAAAUUUAAUUAUAUCGGAUUCUGGGAAUUCACGUAUACAGAAAUAUUUUACAAGCAAUGGUACAAUUAUUACAUUAUUGAGCAAUGUAGGAGUAUAUAACGUAUUUAUAGAUCAGUAUGACAAUAUUUACUAUAGUGGCUGGAGCAAUGUACAGAAAUUGAGUAGCCGUGGUUUGAUAGUAACAACAACAACAGUAGCUGGAGAUAGUCGUGGAAAAGGUGGUAAUGGAACGAAUCAACUUAAUAAUCCUCACGGUCUUUAUAUUGAUCGAUUUGGAACUGUAUAUGUAUCAGAUAGUGAGAAUCAUCGUGUAAUGAAAUGGCUUGUAAAUGCAAGUGAAGGUAUUGUAGUUGCUGGUGGUAAUGGAAAUGGAAGUGCAUCAAAUCAACUCAGCUAUCCUAAAGGCAUAUUUGUUGAUGAAGUAAAUGAAGUUGGUGCAAUUUAUAUUUGUGAUUUCAUGAAUAUGAGAAUACAGAAAUGGUUACCAGAUGCACGAUUAGGUGUGACUGUCGCUGGUGGUAAUGGAAUGGGUGAUGGGUUAAAUCAAUUGUUUCAUCCGGAAUCAAUUAUACUGGAUCCAAUUACAAGAAUCAUGUAUCUGGCAGAAUAUAAUAAUAAUCGUAUAGUCAAAUGGUUGCCAAACGCACAGCAAGGACAAAUAAUUGCCGGUGGAAAUGGUCAAGGUCCAGGAGUAAAUCAAUUUCUUCGUCCAUGGGGAAUAAAAUUUGAUUCAUCAAAUUGGAAUUUAUUUGUAACAGACUGGGCUAACAGCAGAAUUCAAAAGUUUCUAUUUAAUGUAUCAUCUUGCUAA